AUGGCUCGCUUUGCUCUCUCGCGUCCGGCCUUUCUCAAGGGUCUCCCCGCCAACUCGAUCAACAUCAUCGCUUGCCUCAUUUUGGUCAAUGUCCUUGUCUGGGCGAUUGCUGGAGUCAUCCUCCACUUCUACCCACGUCUCGCCCCGUCUGCAGCACUGUCCUACACACUGGGCCUACGGCAUGCGCUUGACGCUGACCACAUCGCGGCCAUCGACCUCACCACCAGAAGGCUGAUCGCCAGUGGGCAGAGACCGGCAACUGUCGGCACCUUCUUCAGUCUGGGCCACAGUACAAUUGUCAUCAUCACCUGCAUCGUUGUUGCUGCCACCAGUGGCGCCCUCAGAGAGCGCUUCGAUGGUUUUACUAGAGUAGGAAACAUCAUCGGGACCUCUGUCAGCGCUGUAUUCCUUAUAAUAUUGUGCAUUGCCAACGGAUGGGUGCUCUACACCUUGAUCAAGCGUCUGCGGGCUGCUCUCUCCCAUCGUGCCAUGUAUGGUGACCAGUACGAGGACCCAAACGCUGCUACAGCUGCCAUGUCUCUUGAAGGGGGAGGCUGCUUUACCCGGAUGCUGGGAAAGCUGUUCAAGGCGAUUGACCGACCGUGGAAGAUGUAUCCGCUCGGGGUAGUCUUCGGCCUAGGGUUUGAUACCUCUUCUGAAAUCGCUAUUCUUGGUAUUGCAAGUAUCCAGGCCGUGCAGGGAACCAGCAUCUGGCUGAUCCUGAUAUUCCCCGUUCUGUUCACAUCCGGCAUGUGUCUCCUCGACACCACCGAUGGAGCCCUCAUGCUCGCCCUCUACACAUCUAAAGCUUUUUCCCGCGACACAGUCGCCAUCCUGUACUACUCCAUUAUCCUCACCGCCAUCACCGUCUUUGUGUCUGCAUUCAUCGGUACCAUCCAGGUCCUGGCCCUUAUCCAGAACGUUGCAGAGCCAGAGGGCCCGUUCUGGGAUGGCGUUGAGGCUAUCGGCGACAAUUUCGACAUCAUCGGCGGGUCUAUUUGUGGUGUGUUUCUCGUCGUUGGUGUUGGAUCCAUCCUUCUCUACAAGCCCUGGAGACGAAGCGUAGAGAGGAGAGGGAAUACCCGUGUCAUCAACGCGGCGGCUGCAUCCGCCGAGGAGGCUGAUAUAGUAGGUCCAACUUCAUCUUCACCUCUUCUCGGUUGA